GUCACUGUCAAAUGUAGAGCAGGCGACCAUUGGGGACAAGGUAGCGUUGAACAGAAGAGAGAGAGAGAGAGAUAGAGAGGACAGGAGUCGCGUAUUGCCGCAACAUUUUCUUGUGCGUGCAUCAUUAUAAACUUAGUGCCAGCCAGGUCUUCUGUAUUAAUUAUUGCAUGCGUAGAGCAGAUCAUCCAGCGUUGGACUGGCAUCUGGUUACGAAAGAAACGGGACGGCACCAGUGGAAAUACUAUCUGAAAACUCCAUUAGCCUUUUGCUUCGUUCGUUUUACAAUUGCCAGCAGUCACAGUCACAGCAGCCUAUUUCCGAGGACGCGAAUCGCGAUCACAGGGACCGCUGGAGAAUCUCACGUUUUGUCGUUUGAUUUAUAGACUGGUCACUGUAAUUUACGCAAUAGCCUAGUUUUCUGGACUCCUUGUACAUUUUCUUUUCUUUGGUCCAAAGUAGUCCAUGCAAGCCUAGUUGCUAUACCAUUUUUUAAAGAAACCUACGUGACAGACAGAUUCAAUCAUUACUCUCAAAAGGGACAAGCGAGGGACCAUGGUGAAUCCUGGAGGUAGCAGCCAGCCCCCUCCGGUGGGAGCAGGGUCCCUGUCCUGGAAGAGGUGUGCGGGCUGUGGGGGGAAGAUCGCUGACCGCUUCCUUCUCUAUACCAUGGACAGCUACUGGCACAGCCGAUGCCUUAAGUGCUCCUGCUGCCAGGCCCAGCUGGGGGAGAUAGGCACCUCCUGUUACACCAAGAGCGGCAUGAUCCUCUGCAGAAACGACUACAUCAGGUUAUUUGGGAACAGUGGGGCAUGCAGUGCUUGUGGCCAGUCCAUUCCAGCCAGUGAACUGGUCAUGAGGGCACAAGGCAAUGUGUACCAUCUCAAGUGUUUCACGUGUUCUACCUGCCGGAACCGGCUGGUCCCAGGGGACAGGUUCCACUACAUCAACGGCAGUCUGUUCUGUGAACACGACAGACCCACAGCACUCAUCAAUGGACAUUUGAGUUCACUGCAGACAAACCCACUACUGCCCGACCAGAAGGUGUGUUAGGAGCAAGGUGUGCAAGAAGCAGGAUGCGUGCCUUCAUUUUAACCCUUAUUGUCACCCACUACUUUCUGGAUCCCUGUACCAUCCCCCCUGCCCCCAGCCCCUCCCCCCUGCUCUCCAGGCACCCAGACUCUUACCUGAGCCCCCAGGCAGCCUCCUCAAUCUACCAAGACCCCCGCUUCUCUCUGUACAACACCCGCCCUCGUCCCCACCCUAACUCCCUUUUACGGGAGGACAUACCCCCCCACGCUUAUGAUACGCCUGAGAUGUGAUUCUGAGGACUCCAUGAUUCUGACACUGGACUAAAAGGAGACUUGAUCAGAACUGGAGGGACACUGAGAAAGAGAGGAAGAGGAACCGAUUUGAGGAUGGACAGAACGAGACAAAGAAAGAGAGAAAAAUACAAAAUGAAGCUAAUCAAGUUGCGGUUGUUUUUCAAAUCUGCACACAGUUGUACAUUUGUUUUUGUUUUUAGUAUCGGGGAAAGAAACGACUGUCUCCUUUUAAUGUAUCCCUCUUCUUUUUACCUCCUACUUGCCUUCCAACCUGAUAUUCGCUUGUUCAUUAUUUUGAAGUGUUGUGAAGAGACUGUGUUUCUAUUUUGGUGGUAUAUAAAACAAGACUAGGUUAAAAAGUAUCCGUGGCUUUUUUGUGGAAACGUAAUACCAUUAUGAUGAGCAUUCUCUUGGUGUAUUUGUAAAACUACCAUGUAUGUAUGCAUGUAAAUGUUUUUGUCCUGACGUGGCUCACAGUACAUUCUGCUCCUGCACAGCCUAAUGGACCAUACAGACCAUAGCGAAUGUGGGCCGUGUGCAGCAGGUGUCUGUCCUAUCGCCUCUGACCACAAACCACGGCCGUCACUUUCUGUUCAUUUACCGACGAUUCUACAUGUUGAAUCACCACCGCUCAUCGACACCUAGCAGAUGAUCUACUGCACACAGCCAAUGUUGGUGUUGGUCUUUCCUGUCCUUGACCCCGACUCCUCUCCUCGCAACCUGAACCUAAACCUGAACCUAAACCUGAACCCAUGGCUUAACAAAAGAAAGAUGUUCAGAGUCACUAAUGUAGAGAUUUUCACCAACCCUAUAAAUUCAUGAAUGAAAGAAAAAUCUAUUUGUGAUAUUUUCAGAGACAUUUGCUCCAGUAUGGUGUAUUUGAUUAAUAAAAAUAAUUAUGAUACAGAAAA